AACUCAGUGCCAUGUCACUUUAUCGAGCACUGUGGUGGCCGGCGCCCAGCCGCCCGGGUAGGAGGCGGUGCGCGCUGGGGGCAGCGCUCUUAGUGCUCUUAGCCCUGCUGUGGCUGGGUGUAGUGCGGCCGGAGCUCGCUCGCCUGCCCUUGGGACCCUCCCGGCCUGCUGGUACCAACGCAUCCGCGCGCCUCGACCCGGAGGCUGGCGACGGCGGAGACUCCAACAGAACGGUGUGGUGCGUCUCCAUACAGCCCCGGGUCCCCCCUCAGCAGCCCAAAGAACCCCACUUUCGCGCCUUCCUCCGCCACAGCCACUGUCGCUAUUUCCCCCUGCGCACGGACCACCCGGACAAGUGUGGAGGUCGGGUGCGGCUACUGCUGGCUGUCAAGUCGGCGCCCGAGCACGGCGAGCGGCGAGAGGCUGUGCGGCGCACGUGGGGCCGAGAGCUGCCGGGACCCGGCUCGGGCUCGGGCUCGGACGCCGCCGCCGCCGUGCGCACCGUGUUCUUGCUGGGGAAGGGAGCGGCCGAAGAGGGGCCCAGCGGGGAGGAGCUUCGCCGGCGCCUGGAGCAAGAGGACCGAGCGCACGGGGACCUGCUGCGCUGGGACUUCGCCGACACCUUCUACAACCUCACCCUCAAAGCUGUCAACUUCCUGCGCUGGUUCCAGCGUCGCUGCCCCAGUGUGGAAUUCGUGUUCCAGGGUGACGAUGAUGUGUUUGUAAACCCCGCCAAUUUGCUGGACUUCCUACGCUCCCGACAGGGCGACCCCAGGCUGCCUCAGCUCUUUGUCGGGGACGUGAUCGGCCGGGCUUGGCCCAUUCGGAACCCUCACAGCAAGUAUUACAUCCCGCCCGAACUCUUCAACCAGCCUUACCCGCCGUACGCGGGCGGCGGGGGCAUCCUCAUGGCGGCCCCGCUGGCGCGGCGCCUGCUGCCGGCCUCCGAGUAUCUCCCCCUGUUCCCCAUAGACGACGUCUUCCUGGGCAUGUGCCUGAAGCGGCUCGGGGUGGCCCCUCAGGCUCACCCGGGCUUCCGGACUUUCGGCAUCCACCGGGCCCGCGCCAACCCCAUGAACCGGGACCCCUGCUUCUACCGGGAACUGCUCAUGGUGCACCAGCUGGGGCCCCUCGCCCUGCUUGACAUGUGGGAGGCUGUGCACAGCAAAGACCUACUGUGUGCUAAGAGUGCCAGCUUCCUCUGAGUCCCCUGCCGCUCAAGGGGAGUCCCUCAGCUGCUUUGUCUCUACCUCAGGUACGGUAGUGGGACGGCCGGUGGAAUCCCGGACUUAGGUGGUAAAGGAGCCGGGAGCCCCAGCCCUUAAAUCCCCGAGGUUAGGAGAGCGCUUUGUGCUGUGGGAGAGGAGGGGAAUGUUUGUAAACCUGGAAAAGAGCUCCACAGACCCUUACAUUUGGGAGGCAGCAUUUGGAGGAUUCGGUUUCCCCUUCUGGCUUGAAACUUUGGGAAAGUCUCUUCUUUCUGAACCUCAGUUUCCUAGCCAGUAAAUGGGAUAGCAAUAUUUACCCUGCCUAUCUUGGGGGAAUUGGGAGGUAACUGAAUGAAAAAUGCCUUAUAAUGGGAGACACACAGAAUGGAUGAUAGCGGCUUUUUUAGACCCAUGACAAAAGGACAGCGGCUGAGAUGUUCAAAACAUCUUGAGAGCCUUCUACAAAAGGAGGAGACAGCUUCUAAGUCAGCUCAGUUUCCUUCUCCUCUAACUACAGAAAUGCUCUUUAUCUCUGGGUUUCCGUGGACAGAUAAAAAGUAGGCGGUUUUUCAGCCACAAAAGAGCUGUUCCAUUGGAAGAAAAAUGCUUAUGGGCACAUUUGAUGAAGCUAUUUUCCUAGAAGGGGAGGGAGUUUGAAUUCACUAAGACACUUUGGUGAUGCCGUCCUGAAACGGAGAAAGUUGACUCUUGGACCAGGAUAUCAAGGGUUAAUUCUUCUCCUCCCUCUUAACUGAAAAAUCUAAACCGCAGUCAGUUAGAAAUUCAAAUCUAAUCAGUAAGACCUAGGGUAAAUCAGGUUCUAGUCACUGAUUUUAUUUGUAGACAUCCCUGUCACCAUGGUGGCAGGGCAUCCUGUGGUUGCACACACACCCACCCACCUCUGGUAGAAGCUGAGCUCCGGUGGCUAUACCACUGGUUUGAAGAGAAAGCAAAAAUAUACAAGAAUGAAUUAAAAUUUCCAAAGUCCUCAGCGUCCUGCUAUUGUGUUUUGAUGCCUUAGUUGAUUGUUUUUCAAAUGUUUUGUUUUUAGGAUACCCAUAUUUCUCAAUAUAUUUCUUCCUUAUUUCUUUCCUAGGGAUCUGUCCCUUAUAGCAAAAGUAAAAAGGAAUAGUUCACCAAAAUACACCGGCACACCAAUCGAGUCUUUUGUUGAAUGCACUCUUCUAUAUUUAAAAUCCUCCAUCUUUACAAACCAUUUGAAUGGGAUUUGCCAUAAAAUUGUUGUUGUCUCAGAACUCGGAUAGCGGUUAAAGCUCAUGCGUUGACAGACUCAGAGAAGAACCUUAGAGAUCAUUUGGUUUAAUCUCCUAGAUUAAUCCUUCUGUUGCUGCCCCUUUGCUUGAGUAAAUGUGGCCUUUCCCUUAAAGUGGAGUCUUCCUGUUAGUGGUGGAGGCAAGGAAUGGCUUUAUGGUCUUGAAGGAGGAUAUUUAAUUCACUUUUUUUGUUUUGUCCUCUCUUCUCUUUAGACCUGAACUUCCCCUUCUGAAAACCAGGGCGGGGAGGGAGAGGGAUUAAAUAGUGUCUGAGGUUUCUUUUAAUUUUAGAUUUAUGAUGCUGUGAUCUCUGUCUAGUAAUCACUGGUUAUGGGCACCUCUGAUUCUGAGUUCCCUUUUCUCUAAAAUAAGGAAGUUAGCUUUGAUGACCUAGAAUCUCUUCCAGGUUCAAGUCGAGGAUCCUAUGAGUAACUUCAUCAUUCAUGUGAUUUUAAUUCUCUAAGUGGGAUGGAGUAGUUGGAUGGUUCUUGCCUAGCUCUUCCAUAGGACUGCCCAGAUUGGGGCAGGUAGAUGGUGCAGUAGAUAAGAGCACUGACUCCAAAUUUUCAAAUUUGGCUCAGACAUUUAAAAUAAGUUUGAAUUUAUGAUCAAGCAAGUUAUAAUCCCACUUGCCUUUUUGCAAAAGGAAAAAAAAAGAUAAAAAAGGAUUGCUUAUCUCUAUUGGGAUGGAUUUUAGGACUGUAUGAAGGACUGCAGCCCCUAGGCAAGGAGCAGAUGCAUACCCCCAGGGGAUGAUUUCUGGCCCACUUUUUUUUUUUUAAAGGUAGAACAGUCUGGAUUUUGUUUAUUACUUUCAUGUAAUAAAGAACUUUUUUCUUGC